AUGAGGGAAAAAGACAUGCCAUAUUCAGAGACGAGUCCUCUGCUGGAGGUCAAUGUCGCCCCUCCGCGGCAAAGAUAUCCGCACCACGCCCUCCGUCGAGCUUGUACUAUCUCCCUUGCAGCUCUGCUAUCUGUGGCGACCGUACUAUUUCUGAUCCCCACUGCCAUCCUCCCUCGAGAAAGUGGCUCAGUCUGGUCUUAUCUCCCAUGGUCUCAUCCGAUUCCACACGAAGCAUGGCCCGAAAGCUACGGUCUACCAUACGAUCAGCUCCAACAGAUCCUCCUCAAUGUCCCCUCGGCAGAUAAGGCCCGAGAGUGGAGCAAAUACUAUACUGCGGGACCGCACUUGGGAGGCAAGAACCUUUCCCAAGCACUUUGGACUAAGAACAAAUGGACUGAGUUCGGUGUCGAGGACACCAAACUUGCGACCUACGAUAUUUAUCUGAAUUAUCCUCUUGACCACCGUCUGGCUCUGCUGAAGACCUCGGACAAUAAGACCGAGGUCACCUUCGAGGCUACAUUGGAAGAAGACGUCCUGGAAGAGGAUCCCACUUCUGGCCUGCAAGACCGUGUGCCAGUCUUCCAUGGUUAUUCUGCUUCUGGCAAUGUCACUGCCCAGUACGUGUAUGUCAACUUCGGUACAUUCAAGGACUUUGAGGACCUCGUGAACGCCAACGUCACACUCGAGGGCAAGAUUGCCAUCGUUAAAUAUGGUCGUAUCUUCCGUGGAUUGAAGGUUAAGCGUGCACAAGAGCUUGGAAUGGUAGGUGUUUUGAUCUAUAGUGACCCCCAGGAAGAUGGUGAAAUCACAGAGGAAAAUGGUUAUGAAGCCUAUCCCAAUGGGCCUGCGCGCAAUCCCAGUGCUAUCCAGAGAGGUAGCACCCAGUUUUUGAGCUUCCUUCCUGGUGAUCCUACAACCCCGGGAUACCCAUCUAAGCCCGGAUGUGAGCGACAAGAGCCUACCUCCAUUCCCUCCAUCCCUUCCCUUCCCAUAUCCUACAAGGAAGUCCUGCCAUUCUUGAAGGCCUUGAACGGUCACGGCCCCAAGGCUUCUGACUUCAACAAGUGGUGGCAGGGUGGAGGUCUCGGCUAUAAGGGUGUUGAGUACAACAUCGGACCCUCUCCCGAAGAUGUGGUGAUCAACCUCCACAACCACCAGGAAUAUGUGACGACCCCACUAUGGAACGUGAUUGGUACCAUCAAGGGCCACAUUCCUGACGAGGUUGUCAUCCUCGGCAACCAUCGUGAUGCCUGGAUUGCCGGUGGCGCAGGUGACCCUAACAGUGGAUCCGCUGCUCUGAACGAAGUCGUCCGAAGCUUCGGUGAAGCUCUCAAGGCAGGAUGGAAGCCAUUGCGAACUGUCGUCUUUGCUAGCUGGGACGGUGAAGAGUACGGCCUGCUAGGAUCCACUGAAUGGGUCGAAGAAUACCUGCCUUGGCUCUCUCAUGCUAACAUUGCUUAUCUGAACGUUGAUGUUGCUGCUGCUGGCACUCACUUUGAGCCUCGCGCCAGCCCGCUGUUGAACAAGGUCAUCCAUGAUGUCGCCGCGUUGGUGCAGUCCCCGAACCAAACCGUACGCGGUCAAACCAUUGGCGAUGUCUGGGACGGCAAGAUCUCAACAAUGGGCAGCGGAAGUGACUUCACUGCCUUCCAAGACUUUGCUGGUGUCGCCAGUCUAGACUUCGGGUUCGGUCGUGGUAAGAACGACCCCGUCUACCACUACCACUCGAACUAUGACAGCUUUGCGUGGAUGGAGAAGUACGGUGACAAGGACUUCCUCUAUCACCAAGCUACCACCCAGCUUUGGGCCCUAGCAGCCGCACAGCUUAUCGAGUCUCCUAUCCUUGCCCUGAACGCUACAGACUACGCUUUCGGUCUAGGAACUUAUCUGGAGCACAUCAAGCCAGCAGCCGACAAUCUGCCCAAGAACACCCACUUCAACUGGGCGCCUCUUGACAGGUCAAUUCUUGAAUUCCAGGAAUCUGCACAGGCCUUUGAUGCCUAUGCCCUCGAUCUUCAGUCCCAGCUUGGCGAUGACGUGCCUUGGUACCACUGGUGGAAGAAGGUUCGACUGUGGUUCCAAAUCCGCGCUGCUAAUGCAAAGUACAAGGGCAUUGAGCGUGCUUUCCUUUACCAGCCUGGUUUGGAUGGCCGUGAUUGGUUCAAGCAUGUUGUCUUUGCCCCAGGUAUUUGGACUGGUUACUCGGGUGCUACGUACCCUGGUAUCGUUGAGAGUCUCGAGGCGGCGGAUGUGAAAAAUGCCAACAAAUGGAGCUCCAUCAUUCAGGAGCGCAUCGGUGCGGCGACCAAGCUGCUGUUGUAG